AUUCAGUCACCUGGACUGCUACAUAGAACAUCACCUCUCUUUUAGAUAGCUCACGAGAUGUUUAAUGUUAACUUGCCAAGCUUUUUCUUAGUCAUUUUGCUUAUCCAAUCGAGUUGCGCUAACGAAGACGAUGUCGAAGAUUCAAUGGAAUCCGAAUCUCAUGAAUCGGGCAUCGGUGAAAGCUCACCUCGAUUACCUGUGACUCCGUGGAGGCCUCAGUACUUUUACGGGCCAAUGUUGCCCCAACAUUCACCAGCUUUAAUUGCAAGGACUUUUCCUGCAUUUAUCCCAUUCACAAGCUGCACAUCGCCUAACAAAGAAACUGGUAUCUGCGCUGAGAGUGGGGCUUGUACCCGACUCGGCGGCCGGGCAAGCGGAGCGUGUCCAGAAGGCCGCAUUUGUUGCAUCAAUGUCGUCACUAACACAUGCGAUGAUGCGGAUCGUAAGGUCGUCACGCUGGACAACACGUAUUGGCUUUCACCGACGAUGGGGAUCAGUUCUUCGACGACCGGCUGUGCUCUGACUGUGAAAUUGGACGCCAAAUUAUCUGAACAGAGAAAAGCUGUUUGUCAAGUUCGCUUGAACUUUGUGCUGUUCACGAUCGCUCAGCCGGAUACGGAAUCCGUUUGUAAUACGGAUGCUUUCGAUGUAGUGGGAGCUUCUAAUAAGAUACCCACCAUUUGCGGAGAUAAUGGAGGACAGCACAUGUAUCUGAAUGUGCCAUCAUCUGCCACCUCUCCGACUGACCUACAGUUGUCGUUCAACUUCGGGACGGAUUCGAAUCCCGUGCGUGCCUGGAACAUCUUGAUUUCCAUGAUUCCGUGUGACUCUCCUAAUCUCGCACCACUUGACUGUCUGCAAUAUUUCACCGGACGUUCGGGGACUGUCAGUUCGUUCAACUGGAGAGAUGUAGCUGGAACGGACACCCGUCAAUUAGCCAAUCAAGAUUACAGCAUCUGUUUCAAAACUAUACCGGGCUCUAGGAGGACUUUGUGUUUAGCUCCGUGCACGGUAACGUCCGCUUCUUUGGCGUUCAGCAUCAGCGUGUCAAGAACUGCAGGCGCUGUGGCUUCUCCUGCUGGUAGCAGCCAACUCCGGCCAAUCAAUUGCGAGAAGGAUUAUCUCGUUAUCCCAGGCGGUUUUAAUGUUGGCAAUCCGCCGAGCGUGAACACCAUGGCAUUCGAUCGUUUCUGCGGAGAGAACCUAAACGCCAAUGCGGAAGUAACUGCGUUGACGUCAGUUUGCACUACUGCUACGCCGUUUAGGUUGUUGUACCGCACAAGUGAUGACGAGACGGAAGACAAAACGGCCGGUGUAGUUGACCGAGGAAACCUUGGAUUCUGUCUCACUUUCCGCAAUCAAUAAUUCUCUUUUUUUUUU